AUGAAGAUGAAAAUUUGUGAUCUUGAAAGAGUUUCAAGCAGCUUAGUAAAGGAUAGUGAGAGAUUUAAUUCAGAGUUGGAAAUUCUUAUAAUGGACACCCGUGCUUGUGAAUCAUUUGUGACUCGUUUAGAAUCAGUUGCGAAUGGUUUAGAGAAAGAGUUUCGAGGUUUUGAGAAGGAACUUCAAGAUUCCAAGAUGGAGGCGGCUAUGGCUAUUUGA